CCAACUGGAAAAUUCUUCCUAAUCAUAUGAUAUGCAACAAAUUCAUCAUAUUCCUAUUUCAGAAACAAUUCUGUUUUCGUCAAAACAAAAUUUUAACAUUCUGUUUUUUUCAGCGUAUAAUAACUAAAUAAAGAAUCACACAUACAUCAUCAUCAUCAUCACUUUGACAACAACAACACCAACGUCAAGAAGAACAAGAAGCAGAAAGCUAAGUGAAGGAAAGAACAACAGCAACAAAGCUUCUUCUUUUUAACUACCAUUUAACCUCAAUUUUAUAUUUUCAAUUCAAUAGUUAAUGUGUCAUUGUCAAAACUAUAUAAUAUAAUAAUAUAUUAUUAUAUAUAAAUUGGAAUGGCACAAGAAGGUGAAAAUGAAGCGAAGCCUGCAACUUCUUCUUCUGCUUCUGCUGCUGCCCCUAAGUCUGUUGAACAAGAUAUGGUCACCAAGUCCUCCACCAUGAUUCCUUCAACUUCUUGGUUUACACCCAAGAGGUUACUGGCUAUGUUUUGUGUGAUUAAUAUGUUGAACUAUUUGGACCGAGGAGCAAUAGCUAGCAAUGGUGUUAAUGGACAUAGUGAAACUUGCACAGGUGGUACCUGCAAGGCUGGAACAGGAAUUCAAGGGGAUUUUAAGUUGAACAAUUUUGAGGAUGGUGUUCUAUCAUCUGCUUUUAUGGUUGGACUUCUUAUAGCUUCUCCAAUAUUUGCAUCUCUGUCAAAAAGUGUAAACCCUUUUAGGCUUAUUGGAGUUGGAUUGUCAGUUUGGACUCUUGCAACCUUAUGUUGCGGUCUUUCUUUCGAUUUCUGGUCCAUUACAUUCUGUCGCAUGCUUGUUGGUGUUGGUGAGGCUUCAUUUAUAAGUCUUGCAGCACCUUUCAUUGAUGAUAAUGCACCAGUUUCACAGAAAACAGCGUGGCUUUCUAUAUUUUACAUGUGUAUACCAGGGGGAUAUGCACUUGGCUAUGUCUAUGGUGGUUUGGUUGGAGAUCAUUUUGGCUGGCGUUAUGCGUUUUGGGUGGAGUCUAUAUUGAUGCUUCCAUUUGCUAUUUUGGGAUUUGUUAUGAAGCCUUUGCAGUUGAAAGGUUUUGUCCCUGCCGAUUCAAAAAAAGUGCAGGCACUUGAGACAGUUCCUUUGGGAGUUCAAGACGCAGGAGCUUCAAAUAGAAACGAAGAAUCACAUGAACCUUCCAAGCCAAAACAAACAAACAGAAUAUUGAAUCAGAUCUCAAUAUUUCUGAAAGAUAUGAAAGUACUUUUGUCUGAUAAGGUUUACGUCGUCAACGUUCUAGGUUACAUAGCAUACAACUUUGUCAUAGGUGCUUACUCGUAUUGGGGCCCCAAAGCUGGUUAUAGUAUAUAUAACAUGACUAAUGCAGAUAUGAUAUUUGGAGGAAUUACAAUUGUAUGUGGAAUAUUGGGCACUUUAGCAGGAGGCCUUGUUCUUGAUUACAUGACUAACACCCUAUCAAAUGCAUUUAAGCUUCUCUCAUUUACAACACUUGUUGGUGGUGCAUUCUGUUUUGCUGCCUUCACAUUUAAAAGCAUGUAUGGCUUUUUGGCUUUUUUUGCUCUUGGUGAACUACUUGUUUUUGCCACUCAGGGUCCCGUGAAUUAUGUAUGUCUCCAUUCUGUUAAACCAAGUUUGCGGCCACUAUCAAUGGCUAUGUCUACUGUUGCUAUUCAUAUAUUUGGAGAUGUACCUUCCGCGCCUCUUGUUGGAGUUGUCCAGGAUAAUAUUAACAACUGGAGAACUACCGCGUUGAUUCUAACAACAAUAUUUUUUCCGGCAGCUGCAAUAUGGUUUAUAGGAAUAUUUUUGCAUAGUGUGGAUAGAUUUGAUGAAGAUAGUGAGCAUCAAGUACCAAGGGUAGAAGGGACAAACACUGCGCCGUUGCUUGAAGAAAAGACCGGAGGAACAUUGCCAUCUCAAUCUCAAGAAUGCUAACCUUUUCUAUAUCGUUUGAUGGUUGUCCGCGUAGUUUGUUUCAUAAACUGUGAAUAGCUUAAUUCUUUGUUUAACGUUUUCUUAAGUGAAAUUUAUUUUUUUUGUAAGUAUCUUUUUGCUUAGUGGAAAUGAAAUAAUGCAAGAAGCUAUCUGCAGAUGAUACUGGCAAUGUUUAUGUUUAACCAUCUUGAGAACAAUAUUGUAAAUAAUAUUAUGUUGAAGCUAUGCAUGCUUGUGUUCCAAUGA